AUGGCGGGGUUAGAGUUAAAGAGACAGAAAGGCGAGAUGAGACAUCGGCCAACCAAAUCGAGGAACAGAGCACUGGAUUUAGUGUGGUUGACGUCUUGCAAACAACAGACCGAGGAAGGGUCUACCCUGGUCGGAUCAUGUAAUCCCGGUCAUGCUUUUGCGGACGGAAGUAAGGGGCAAUUGAGAAGGAGAUUUUAUGAGCUGAAAAUGGGCCAUGAUGUUGGGACAAAUACCUACAUUCCCGGGAGUUCAGCAAGAGCAGACUUUCCUUUCAUUUACUUUUCUUCAAAGAUGACACUGAGUUCAAUUCAAUUUCACUAUGUAAAGUUGUUUAAUGAAACUGAAGAAGACGUGUUGGAAUUGCAGGCUCUAUACAACUUUGGGGCUACAAAAUUUGGCAUCAUUGGCAUUCCACCGGUUGGAUGCUGUCCAGCUUGGAGAUGUUACAAUGCUACCAGAGAUUUUAAGGAUGUGGAGACGGCAUGUUGUGGAGCAGGAAGAUUGAAUGCAGAAAUCCCAUGUAAUGCGACAGCAAAUCUUUGUAUGAACCGCAAGGAGUACCUAUUAUGGGAUUUGUAUCACCCUACACAAACUACUUCUCAGCUGGCAGCACUGACACUCUAUGAUGAUUUUAAGUAUGUGGAGUCGGCAUGUUGUGGAGCUGGAAGAUUGAAUGCAGAAAUCCUGUGCAAUGCGACAGCAAAUCUUUGUAUGAACCGCAAGGAGUACCUAUUCUGGGAUUUGUACCACGUGACACGAACUGCUUCUCAGCUGGCAGCAGUGAUGCUCUAUGAUGGUCCUCCAAGAUUUGUUACUCCAAUUACCUUUCGCCAAUUGGCCGAGGACAAUUAG